AUGAGUGGCAGAAGGGAUAGGGAAAAAUUCAUGGAUCGGACCAUGGCCCAUAAAUACAAUAUGAUACAUCAUGUGCAGCGAUUGGGAGAACCACAAUUGUCCGGAUUAUACUUGAAGAAUUUCUACAAUACAGCAAAGAGAUAUAGACUGCCGUUACCCGAGAGCAUCCGUGCUGAUAAUGUCAAGUUCUGUGGGAACUGUGGGUGUGUAAGGAUAGCCGGAUAUAACCUUACAAUGAAAUUGCUGAGAGAAACUGACGAGAACGGGGUAGUAACUCGGAAUUUGAGAUAUCAAUGUGGCCAUUGCCAGAGCGAAUAUAACAUCGAGGUAGAUAAAACGGAGCCCAAAAAAGAUGCUUCCAGUAAGGAGCCAUCUCCCAAAGUCGAUAUCCAAUGGCCGAGACAAUCGUCUCCCGAAGUCAAUGAUGAUAAGAUCAAGAAAAAUACCACUGCGAAGGAGAGAGCUAAGAAAAGGAAACAGUCAACGUUAUCCAACUUAUUGGCAAGUAAGAAGGAGAAAGAGGAAUCAAAGAAGAAAAAUGUAUCAUUAAGUCUUAUGGAUUUCAUGAAAUAA